CAGCAGCGUCGCCACCAGCCCGACAACGGACGGACGGCAGAGCGUCGUCUUCCGAGCAUUUGAGCGGACGCAAGUGUUCAUCGACCGCACCGUAUCCCGGCAAACUCGCGGCGCCGGUCGUAGCCGCCGCGACGGCUGGUGACCUUUUCGUCUUCUCCGCUCGAAUUCGUCAAGCCCAGCGACCCGGCGACGAGUGCAUCGACGCGCCACUUGGUCAAGCGCAUGAGUACGCCACGGACAACGUGUUCGGCAUGAUCUGCAUGCCCCUGCGCCAAGAUGUCUACGUGUCGGGCGUCGGUCCUGUCUGCACAUACCUCCCGUGCUGCAGAAGAGCGUCCAUGGCCGAGCUCUGCAUCCCAACCAAAGAGGGAUUCAACGGUAUUCUGGGCGGUUUUCCUGAGUUGCCAUUGAGAUGACGAACCUUGUCGCCAAGCGCAUCGCGCUUCUGUAAGACCAGCACAACUUGUCGCCCGAGACGCUCGGUGGUCGCGAUAAACACAGUUUGGGUGCGGA